AUGAACCAUUAUCUCAUAAAGCUGGCUAUAUUAUUUAAAUUAUGUUACUCUUUCAUUCGUACGGGACAUUUAUUUAAAAGGGGUUAUAUUCCUCUAAUUCGUAAUAACCUCAACACAUUAGAUUCUUUGUCCAAGGAAUUACCCUCGGAGUAUGCUUCCUUUAAGGGUAAUAACGUAAUUAUAGACGAUUCAAACGUAGCAAACUACGAGACAUCCAUUGAUGACCUUCUUGACACCAAGUUACUUGGAUUCGAUUUGGAGUAUGUUCCAGACUACUAUUCUAACUUGGACUAUUCCUACAAGAGGUGUAAGCCAUCAAUAGUACAAAUUUGCGGAGAUUCUACAUGUUUUAUUUACCUAAUAUACAAAAUCGGAUAUAUUCCCAAUAAAGGUAUGUUUAUCACAUCAUUUAUAUUACAGGUAUCGCACGGAGCACCUUCCGAUAUGCGGCUUUUGUUUAAACAUUAUGGUACGAAGUGUACCAAUUUUGUCGACUUAAAGGAUCUCUGCAAAGACUAUAACAUAUACCCUGCAAGUUUGAAAAACGCGACUGAAUCAGUUUUAAAUUUAAAGUUGAACAAGAAACAGCAGUGCUCCAACUGGGAGGCUGAUAAGCUUGUUCCCGAUCAAAUUUCCUAUGCUUCAACUGAUGCUUGGGUGACCAGAGAGAUUUUUAUAAAACUCAAUCCCGCUAAAAUAAGCAAGAUUUUCUUGAAUAGUGAGGGCGAUAUAGAAAAACAAUAA